GGCGGGGCUGACCGGCCCCGAUGAGGCGGAAGGAGAAGCGGCUCCUGCAGGCGGCGGCGCUGGUGCUGGCGGCCCUGGUCCUCCUGCCCAACGUGGGGCUCUGGGCGCUGUACCGUGAGCGGCAGCCCGACGGCACCCUUGGGGGACUGGGAGCGGCGGUGGCCCCAGUGGCCGGACAGGGCUCACACAGUCGGCAGAAGAAGCCUUUCUUCGCGGGAGAUGGGCAGAAGCUGAAGGACUGGCAUGAUAAGGAGGCCAUCAGGAGGGAUGCCCAGCGCGUGGGAAACGGAGAACAGGGCAGACCGUACCCCAUGACAGAUGCAGAGAGAGUGGACCAGGCAUACCGAGAAAAUGGAUUUAACAUCUACGUCAGCGAUAAAAUCUCCCUGAAUCGCUCUCUGCCUGACAUCCGGCACCCAAACUGCAACAGCAAACGCUACCUGGAGACCCUGCCCAACACCAGCAUCAUCAUCCCCUUCCACAAUGAGGGCUGGUCCUCCCUCCUCCGCACCGUCCACAGCGUGCUGAACCGCUCUCCCCCAGAGCUGGUGGCAGAGAUUGUGUUGGUCGACGACUUCAGCGAUCGAGAGCACCUGAAGAAGCCACUUGAAGACUACAUGGCCCUUUUCCCCAGCGUGAGGAUUCUCCGAACCAAGAAACGUGAAGGUCUGAUAAGGACUCGCAUGCUGGGGGCCUCAGCAGCUACUGGGGAUGUCAUCACGUUCCUGGACUCACACUGUGAAGCCAAUGUCAACUGGCUUCCCCCCUUGCUUGACCGCAUCGCCCGGAACCGCAAGACUAUUGUGUGCCCGAUGAUCGAUGUGAUUGACCACGAUGACUUCCGGUACGAGACGCAGGCGGGGGACGCCAUGCGGGGUGCUUUUGACUGGGAGAUGUACUACAAGCGGAUCCCGAUCCCCCCAGAACUGCAGAAAGCUGACCCCAGUGACCCAUUUGAGUCUCCCGUGAUGGCCGGCGGGCUGUUUGCUGUGGACCGGAAGUGGUUCUGGGAGCUGGGCGGGUAUGACCCUGGCUUGGAGAUCUGGGGUGGAGAGCAGUAUGAAAUCUCCUUCAAGGUGUGGAUGUGUGGGGGCCGCAUGGAGGACAUCCCCUGCUCCAGAGUGGGUCACAUCUACAGGAAGUACGUGCCCUACAAGGUCCCUGCUGGCGUCAGCCUGGCCCGGAACCUGAAGCGUGUGGCGGAAGUGUGGAUGGAUGAGUAUGCCGAGCACAUUUACCAGCGCCGGCCCGAGUACCGCCACCUCUCGGCUGGGGACGUGGUGGCCCAGAAGAAGCUCCGCAGCUCCCUGAACUGCAAGAGUUUCAAGUGGUUCAUGACAAAGAUCGCCUGGGACCUGCCCAAGUUCUACCCUCCAGUGGAGCCACCGGCUGCGGCCUGGGGCGAGAUCCGCAACGUGGGCACAGGGCUGUGUGCGGACACGAAGCACGGGGCCCUGGGCGCCCCCCUGAGGCUGGAGACCUGUGUCCGGGGCCGCGGGGAGGCCGCCUGGAACAACAUGCAGGUGUUCACCUUCACCUGGAGAGAGGACAUCCGGCCGGGAGACCCUCAGCACACCAAGAAGUUCUGCCUGGACGCCAUCUCCCACACCAGCCCUGUCACCCUGUACGACUGCCACAGCAUGAAGGGCAACCAGCUGUGGAAAUACCGCAAAGACAGGACCUUGUUCCACCCUGUAAGUGGCAGCUGCGUGGACUGCAGUGAAAGUGACCACCGGAUCUUCAUGAACACCUGCAACCCGGCCUCCGCCACCCAGCAGUGGCUGUUUGAACACACCAACUCAACAGUCUUGGAGAAGUUCAACAGGAACUGAUGCUGCAGUCCCCUCGGCGGGCCCAGUGGGCCCCCGGCACUCACUACGGCCCUUCUCUCCCGGGGAGGCCGGGUCCUGUGGGCGCACGGCGUCACGGUGCUGGCCGGGGGUGGAGGGCGAGGAGGGCUGCCGAGGCGGGAGCCGGGGACCGCCUGUUCUGCAGUCCUGAGUGGGGGGCAGGGUGAGAGCAGCGCCCACGGGAGGCAGAGCCUGCUCUAACUCCCACCGGGGAGGCCUUUCCAGCUUGGUCACCCUGUCCCCUUGCGCGGUAUGUGGGGGAAUCCCAGGGAGGCCCUAGGCCACCCAAAGAUGAGUGCAGCCCUGCUGCCCAGCCCUGCGGGGGCUCUCCUACACAACAGUGCUCAGAGAUAGAGAUAAAGGCCAAGUCUGCCUGCCAGGGGCAGCUUUUAGCACCAGGCACCACCUGCGCCAGACGGAAGAGAAACCCUCCCUGGGCCUCCUGGUCCCUGCCUGUGCCGGGGUGACUGUCACUGUUGCCCAGCUUCGGCCUUCUCUCUCAGUCCCACGGACCUCGGUCUGUGGCCACACCUGGAACCCUCAGAGUUUACACCUGAGCACUGGCCACCUGCCAGGUGUGGGUCAGGAGAGGGCCCCAGACCUUCCGCUGCAGCCAUGGGCACUCGGGAUGUCCCCUCUGGCUCUCUGGGUACUUGAAAUGCCCACUCCAGUACUCUCCAGACACAAGGAAGGACAGUCCGGCCACCAGCUUUUGAGGGCUCAUGCAGUGGCCUUGGGCCCAUGGGGAAGGCCGAGUGGCCCUCCCAGCCAGCCGCGCUGUGUGGGUUCCCCUGAUCCAUGCUUCCAUGUCUUUCUCGCUCUCUCCGAGGCAGCUCCCCGCCUCCGGAGAGGAACGGGGGUGCCGCGAGGUGCUCACCUCCCAGAGGGUGGAGGCCUCGGCGAUGGGCCACAGGCAAGACACAAAGCCUCUGGCUUCACCGUGGCUUUAGUUCUCAUAGAACUCUAGCAUUUCUCAAGAACUCUGUGAUUCCAUCACAGACUAGAAUGUUCCAUAGGAUUCUAGCGAAUGGGCUUCUAGAAUGCUGUGAUUCAAGCAGCAGCCAGGUGUCACACAGUCAGGGCAGCCCCAGGCCCAGAGGCUCUCUACAUCCCAAGGUGAGAGGCCUUGGGAAGGGAGUGGUGGGGGACCUUUGUCGAUCACUUGACACCAGAGGCUUUGGUACCACACAGUCUCAGCAAAGACAGGGGCCCUGGAGCCUCAUGUGAGUGGAGAAGGGAACCCGAUGUCCCACGACCAGAGGAACACCCAGCUCCAUGCCAGCCCUUGACGUUUACCUUUCACUGUUUAAUUACACAUCAGGCUUCCAGAGGGUUCCCAAACUAAUCGCAUUUCUGUACCAACCCGCCACCCGCUGAUUCAGAAGUGAAAAUCACAUUUCACAACGAUAGGUUCCACCAGCUGGCCCGGAAAGUACUUGAAAUCAGUAUUCCAAUCAGAGUUGGGUCAUUUGGUUGUACCAUUAACCAUUAAGUGACUGAGACAUAAAUCUGCAACCAGAGCCACAAAUCUGCCUCGGAGAUGCUGGCUGAUCUCAAAGCCAUCCGUUAUCGGGGAGGGAAAAAGGGAGGGAUCGCCGUCCCUGGCCACCCCCACCCAGAUUGGAUGUGUAGCCGGCAAAGGACCACUCCCACUGCAGCCCUGCGCUUGCAGAGUUUGCUUGUUGAGGCCUCCUGCCUCUUCCCAGAUGAGUGCUAUACCUCCAGAAGCGGCCCCCCAUGGAAAGGACUCAAAAGAUGGGGCUCCUUCUAGAAUCUAGAAUGAGGAUAACCAGAGCACUGCGAUUUGGGGACCUGAAUCAUCAGAGCGCAAUGCAGCAUCAUUCAAGUAAAAACUGUGCCUUUAACAAAAAAAGAAAAAAAUGCAAAUGUACAGCAAAUUUCUAAACUUGAACCAUUUCCUAGUGCCUUGCUCGACAAACGUACAGGGGUGGGGCAGGGGGAGGGGAAAGUUUUGGUGGUGUGUGCAGUUCCUACCGGGUGAGUGUGUUUCUCCGUGUCUCGCUGCAAGCAGGAGGUGUUGGACCCAGACCAAGGUCUGAGACCGAGUGGCCCCCAAGGGCAGAAGCCAGAGUUGUACCCAUCAGGUGAGGGACACUUCAAAUUGAAGGGCGGCUCAGCAGCAUCUUUAGUCCAUGGCCUCAAGGGCCUCCGAAGCCCCUGAAAGCACGCUGUGUGUUGCCUCUUUGAGCCCUGUUGGGGGCCACGCUUGUGGUACCCCAUUCCGAGCUCCAAGCAGUGUACCACUUGUCCUUCUCCAUUAGGGUUAAAAUGUACAGCGUGCGGGCUAGAUUUCCAAACGGUCUCCUCCAAGCGGGUGGCAGCAUUCUCAGCAAGAUCAGGAUUCCUGUGGAUUGCAGGAGCGCAGACCUUCCUCUUCCCUGACCUUGGGUUCUCCUCUGUGGUCUGGUUCACACUGUAAACAGAGUUGGACGCAUCCGCUGACCUCCGGUGUCUGUCCUUGCGGAGUUCUCACCACUAGGUUCUGACCCUUGACCACGCAGGGCAGAAUUUUAUUGUUCAAUUCUGUUGACUGAUUGCAAAUACUAAGCCCCUUGUUUUGACCUCAUUUUUGGAAACCACCUGUCUCAAGGAUUCAGGUCUCUGCUCCUAUCCCCGCUGAUACUCAAUAAAACUCAGCCUGGAGCCUGUAGAGAUGCCACUAGCCAAGUAACAGGUGAGCGGAUGAGCCCCUUUUCCUCAAAAACUUAUUUGGAGGAAGUCACAAAACUGAAUGUGACUAAAGGUAUGGUGACCAUGUGACCCGCCUUUCAAAGGAGUCCUCCAGAAGCGUUGAGAAUGCAAGGAAUGCUUGUAAGUGCAAGGCCGUUGGAGAUGUUCGCGUUUGCAGGUGCAUAUAUGAAAAGCACUCUGUCCUGUGCCUCCACUUCGAGCUUUCAACUGUGAAAACUAGUCCAGAAACUAUUGAUUCUUCCCUUCAGGAAGAACUAGCUCAGAGGCAGAAGGGGGAAAAUCCACAGAAGAGACCUGAGCAGGCAUGUGAUGUUAGGGCCAGAGAGAAAAAGCAGUUUUGUGGAAGAUGCACCACAUAGAUUUCCAAAGUCCGCAGUACAUUCACUCUUCAGAACGCCUAUCUUUUUGAAUGUCUUCUUCAGUUUAAGAACUAGGUGAUGUCCUUGAAAAUGGCUUCAGAUUUCUUUCUGUGCAUCUCCAUUAUUCUAGUCUCUCGAGCCUCAGAAGAAUAGCAAAGCACCUACAGUAGUAACCGAGAAACUGGGGUUCCUGGCUUCAGUGGUCCCUGGUUUGUUCGGGCUGGGUGAUCCGGCAUAAUUUCUAGAAGGUCAAGAACAGAUGGGGCACAAGGACUGCAGUUCUGUUCUGGAAUCCUUUAUCUCCCUCACUGAUGGACUGCAAAAAAAAAUCCAAGUAAUGCUUUAGUUUAAAAGUGAUCUUGAGCCGAGGCCCACUGCCACCUGUGGGGGAGUGGGACCCAUGUCGCAAGGGACAAGGUCAUCUUAAACUCUGCACCCAGACUGGCUUUGGUUCUGCCGUGCACCCUGCUGGCUUGCUGGCUUGAAGGCUGGGGCCCCUGGGCACUGCAGGCGGGGGAGCUUGGGGAAUUCAGGCACAAAUGAUGUACAGAAAGCUGAAGGCCACCAGCCUCUCUCCUCCCGCCUGGGAAAGUGAGCCUUUGUGAAGCAGUGACUUCCUCUAUGUGACGGUGACUGUGAGCACUGUUGAGUAAACUUGCAGACUUUCUCUAAA